CUGCUUAUCGUUAUCGAUGCAUCUACCCACAUUUUGAUUGUUGUUGUGAAAUUGGAGCAAUACAGACCAAAAUAAAACGUUCGGUCGCCGAAGAGUCCAUUUUCAAUAUGUUAAACCUAUAUAUUUAGAUUUCUUUUCGUUUUUUUUUGUUUGUAAAAAACUGCUAAAAAAGCAACUAUCUUUUUGUUUAGUGGCCCAUCUGUCAUGGCUCAGCAUGUCAGUGUGGGUGGCAAUGGCUCGCGUCUAUCCUUAGGUCUGCUGCACUUUAUAUUGCUGGUCUGUUCCGGCUGGGCCUUGAAACACUACAGCAAUGGCAGGCUUGGCCUGGCCGCCUAUGGACUGUACUUUGCGCACAGCAUCAUCUGCACACUACGCCACACGCAUCCGCAUCCGGGGCAGCUGCAACGACGCCUCUGCGCUAUAUCAGGCCGCUAUGCACCCGUGCUCUUUGUAACGCUAAUUGUGGGUCAAUUGCAGCGCUUAGCUGGUAAGGAUAUGCAAUUGGGCGCUGAUCUUAGCUGGCGUGUUGUAGUCUUGGCCUUAUAUGGUUCACUGCUGGGCUUUGCGUGCAUCAAGAGUUGCCUGCGUGAAAAGAGCAAGUUGGCCUCUCUCUUGACAAGGCUGGAACGCUGUAAUCUCACACUCUGCGUGCUAUGGAAUGUUUACUGCCUGUGGCACAUCGCCAUCAUUGAGGAGUACUGGUGGAGCUUGGGUCUGGCCAUGCUGGUGCUGCUGAAUCACUUUGUGCUAUGGCGCCUGACGAUGAGCUUUAACAUCUCCGCAUCAGAGAUAGAUACAGUGGGCAUGUGUUUCUCGGUUAUCUUUGCCAUUAAUGCCACACAGGAGCUGCUGGAACAGACUAGACUAUAAUCUAUGUAAGCUAACACACAUAUUUACCCAAUUUAAACUUAAAGACUUCCAUUGUUG